UCUUUUUAAUUUUUUUUGGCCAAUUUAAAAUUCUCCAAUUUACUCGAAUUUCCUUCCUUACUUAUCGAGCUCGACUGAAUCCUCAGCGAAGCCACAAAUAGCAAAUGCAAUGAGUCAUCGAAGGGAUCAAAGAUCCUCCAGGGCUGCUCUGUUUGAUGACAUUGAAGAGGGUGGUCUUAGGGCCUCCUCUUCUCGAGAUGUCGAUGAGCAUGGCAAUGAAAAAGCUAUUGAGAGCUUACAGGAUCGAGUCAGCUUUUUGAAAAGACUUACUGGUGAUGUACAUGAGGAGGUGGAAAGUCAUAACCGCCUCCUGGGCCGAAUGGGAAAUGAUAUGGAUGCAUCAAGAGGAAUCAUGUCUGGAACCAUUGCUCGUUUCAAAAUGGUGUUUGAGAAGAAAUCAAGUCGAAGAAUGUGCAAACUCGUAGUAUGUUUCGUGGUUUCUUUUCUUGUAAUCUGCUAUAUGCUUAGGGUUCUAUUCCACUAUCUAUAUGGAUAAGCUGGAUUGUUUUUACCAAUAUCUAGUCCUGACGAACGAUGCUAAGCCAGAUUUAAGGAUCAGAACCUCUGCCCUCAUGCCCAGUUAUUGUGUUUAUGUAGCGUGUGAGAGGAGUUUGCAAUGCCAAAGCACUCUUACUAUUGACAGGAUUGAACCCUUGUGCUACAAGCACUGAGGCUUUAGUUCUUCAUAAUGGAAGAACUGCUAUAGAUUUAUUCUGUCGUGACGAAAUGUUCUGUAGCGGGAGAAGGAUAGUUCUUGUAAUUUCAUGUCUCGUAUUUUUCUUUCGUCCCCUUUCCGGGAAUGUGUAAAGAAUCUUUUUGUGAACAGUUGGUCCUAUUUCCUUGAAAUUACAUUCAGGAACGCUCAAUCUUUCAGAAACGUUUGUUUCAUACUC